AUGAAUGUACACCGAUUCGCAAAUCUGAAUGCAAGAUACUCCAUGCCGCAGACUCAAAACGACGAAAACAAAGAAUCGACCACCGUCAAUCCUCCUGCUACAUCUGGCAACGGCGAUGAGGAGCUCUCUGGCUCCAAGUCCAAGGAUGACGGCAGUCAAAAUGAACAAGAAACAGUGCAACAUCAAGAAUCAACCUCGCUGCCGUCUGAGUCUCACGAGGUGCCGCUCGCGGCAACAGAGACUUCAAGCAAGCAAAAGGUCUUCAGCAUCGACGCGUCAACCAGACAUGUCAUGCCUUCUUCCGCACCUGUACCAUCCGACGACGACUCCGAGUCGGACGGUAUAGACUAUGGCCCUGACUCUGACCCGGACUCGAACGUGGACGUUGGAGAUCAAGCCAAGCUCAAGAAGAGGACCAAACAUGAGAAACAGAAGGAUCAGAAGAGAUUGCAAAACAAGCGGGCGGCUGAGCAGCAGAAGAUCGAGAACGAUCUGAAGGCACAGCGCGAAGCCGAGGCUGCGAAGGAACGCACCGAGCAGCAGAUCGAGGCGGCGGCAGAGAAAGCCAAGCUGAAGACUGCCCUCAACGAGCUGGCCAUCACUUGCAAGUCGAUCAUGCCACCGGCCACGGCCAUGAAGAAGCAUCCUUUGCAGCGCAUUCUCGGUGGUCCAAAUGGAUUCCAAUACACACUGGCCGCUGACAUCGACUGGACGCACCUGCGGCCGGAAGCUCAGUACUCUCACAGUCGAAAAUCAUGGUCUGAUCUUGAUGAGGAUGGGGAUGAUGUCGUGUCCGAGCUCUUCAACGUCAAGCUGGAUCCAACCACUGGCCCAAAAGCUCGCGAGCUGCUGAAGAAAACGCCUGGUGUUGUUGAACAGCCUCGCAUGUGGAAGGAUACAGACUUUUUGGAUGCACUCCGGCAGGCAAGGCAUCCGCACGGACAGAUCGACCCGGACAAGGAAUACAAGGAAUACAAAGUCCGCGACAUCAUCGGAGAGACCAAGACAAAGUAUUACGUUGAUUGGGAAGACGACUCUAAAACCGGCGAACAAUACGUGCCGACUUGGGAACCGAAAGACCACGUUAACGAGCUCGCCGUCGAGAGCUGGAUCAGGAAGCAGGCUGCGAAAUCCGAGAAGACCGGUGCUAAGGGCAAGAGCACGCUGCAAAAGUCGGCUGCGAAGAAAGUCCUCAAGGAGACGCCAGCUCCAGCACAAUCAACGCCACGACGAAGACCAAAGCGAGUCAUCGAUAGCUCGCCGACUGAUAAUAUCAGUUCCGUUGCCGCCAACGUGUGGCAGAUACGCAUCCGGCAAAUCGCGCCAGAGAAGCUCGGUUAUCUCACGCAAGGCAGGGGAUACCAGGUCUUUCUAGACAUAGUCAACCGUCCGCUGUCUUCUUCCUGGCCCGAAGGCGCAAAGUGCGUUGAUCUGCUCGAGGGCUUCCAACAACGUCUCGAGCAGAAUCAAAAUGUCGACGUCGCCUUAGAGUUGCUCAGCAUUCGAGAGAGCGUGGAGAUGGGUUCCGCAACCGUCGCCGUCCAACUUCAACAGAUCGCUCCCGAGUGCAUCAAGAAGUGGGGUGACAUGAUUGAGAACAUUGUCCACAACGCCGAAGUUCGUCUUGAAGAUGGUGUCAACACAUUCGGCAUCGUUCAGUGUGAAGUAAAGCGGCUCAAGCUGCUCGUAGUUGAUCUUGAGAAUUUCUCCACGGAGCUUCGCGCAAGUCACAGGGAGGUCCUGGCACAGGUCCAGCAGAAGCAGCUUCUACCUCAGAUCCACUACGAGCUUGAGAAUGCCGCGAAGAAGUAUGUGUCUGAAGCGGUUGACGACAACAUGUACAAGUUUCAAAAGCAAUUGGACGAUUCAAAGUCCAAUCUAGAUGGGACACUCAAGUUUGCACAAGAAUUCCAAACAGCCAUGGAUACCAUGCAUGGGCAACAUAUGAGCAAGAUACAGUCCAAGUUUGAAGCACUUGCAGCAAACUUUCGGGCUCUGCCGCUGCCAGAUGAUAUUCAAGCUUUCAUCGACUCUGCCAUUGAUGGCAAGUGGUCAAAAUUGGUGGCAAGCAUGAAUGGUAGGGAAUCGCAAGACUCUCAGAUCCAGCAAGAACUCGUUGCCCUCACGGCGAAGUACGACAAUGCCUUCAUUUUCAUGAAAACGCAGAACGACUCCCUUCGCAAGAGGGUGGGCGACAUGAUUACGAAAGUUGAGAAUUUCGAGAAGGUUCAGAACACGAGCUCGGCUGAUCCAGACGAAGACUCCUUGGCCACUCAGAUCGAGAAACUUCAGAUGCGAUGCAAGAUGUUGGAAAACGUUGCCAAGAAGUCUUCGGCUCAGUCCGAUGAGAUCGAGAAACUUCAGGCGCGCUGCAAUACACUAGAAGUGGCUGCCCAGAAGUCUCCGGCCAAGUCCAUGGCUGAUACCUCGAUGGAGGAGCGAAUGAACAAGCUGGAGGCCGUCCUCGUUAAGCAGACGGCGACCAUCACCGCCCAGCAGCAGACCAUUGCCCAGUUGAGCAAGUACAACAAGGACGUGGUCAAGCCAUACAUGGCUGGAGAGUCUUAG